AUGCCAUUGAAACUCCAUGCUGUAAAAGAAGCUUGUGCGCCAUUCGCAUCGCAUGGCAUUGCAUCUCCGAAUGGCUGGCGCAUAUCUCGGCCAAUCAAUCAGUACAGGGUCCUUGUUGAGCGCAAGUUCUGGUCAGCCAAAGAGUUGAUAUUUCUGAUUUUGCAGUGUCUCAGUGGCCUAGUCAGCCGCCGACGCCGUACCGAAGCUCGCCACGCCAAAGUCGGUAGCAAGGCGUCUAACGGCUCGCCAUUUGUAUGCGUCUCUGAGUCUGCCGAGUGCGGCCAGGCAUGUACUCCAUCGGAAUGUCUAUCAUCGCUGUCCCCGGCGCAGUCCAGCUCGUGCGGAUGGUUCUCCGGACAUGUUCCGCCAAGGGGACGGAAGGGAGGGAGGGCGGCGGACGUGGUGUGCUGUGACCAAGAGUCCAAGACGGCUGAGGUGGAGAAAAUCACUGAGGGUCCCGACGGACAUUCUGAUUCAGAAUUUUGCAGAAAAUUUCCGGUCGGUGCAGGAAAGCAGAGACAUCAGCAGCUGCCCUGUGUGGUCCCUGAGAACAGGUACUUGAUGUAUUGUGCCUACAGGCAGGUUCGAAUCCAUUUGGAGAAGGGCGGAGAACAGAUCCAGCGAGCGGCGGGCUCUUUCCUGGAGCCUUCCCUGUACGAAUCAAUACAUGGAGAGGGCGGCGAAGACCCCGCCCUCGCCGCCGUCCGUCCCUCUGUUCUCAUCGGGCGGGAGGUAAACGGGAAGGCGUUCCCUCCUCUUCGGGCACACUCGGGCUUCAGCCUUUACGAAAACGACGCUCCAAGGAAUGCAAUCUCGCACCAAUUUGUGUGUUGGAUCUGGGACAAGUGCCGUUCGCUGACGAUUGCUGAAGACAGUGGUGGGGCACAUUCCCUCCUAGUUCACCAGUACUCACGCUGCCAAUGCCAGAGCAACACCAGUGACAUUUGGAAAUGUACCGAGGUACGGAUCAUGGACGCAGGAAUAUUCAGCAACAAUUAUCGAGCACCUGUGAACGGCGAGAUAGACUACCAAAAGCAACAAGUAGUGCGAACGGUCGUCGCAUCUGCCACCUCUCCUGCUCUCCUGUCGUCACACAGACUCGAUAAACUCUCCCCAGCUCUUUGUCUUGCUCAGGCUUGUCAGGGUAUCCUGCCUAGCAGCAGCCGAGAGCUCACGACACAUGCAAUACACGGUCGUUCAUGCACUAGGCCCAUAGAUGGCAGCUUUCUCAGCUCCCAAUCUCGCAUCGCCAACGGGUAG